AUGGUGUACCCUGCGCAAAAGCAUGUUCUAAAGACUUUCGAGCAUCUGGUGAAACUGCUUCCAGAAGCAGAACGUACCAAGCCACAAAUUUUAUUGUUAGCAGGAGGUGCUGUCGAAUUCCGCAACGAUACCGACCGCGAACUCGUUUUUCGUCAAGAAUCUAAUUUCCACUAUUUGACUGGAUGCGACGUACCCUCAUCUUUUGUUAUAGCUGCGUAUCAGCCUGGAACCUCCCUCUCGACCACACCAUCUCUUUCGCUAUUCAUUCCGAAAGCAGAACUUGAGGACUUGAUGUGGUCGGUUCCCCCACCUUCUCUAGCUGAAGCGCAACAAGCCUACGAUGUAACCACUGUGGAGCACCCAAGCGCCAUUCCAGCCGCAAUUGAUACUCUUUUAAAGGCACUUCCAGGAGCCCUAUUUCAUACCCUACCUCGAAACUCCCCUCUUUUUCCUAUUUUGCCUGCACAAUACACCCAAAAAGUCCUCGACGCUGAUGGGGCCGUUACAGAUCUAUACUUGCUCUCCGCUCUUCAAACUGCACGCUUAAUCAAGGAUUCUGACGAAAUUGCAGCCAUCAAGAAGGCCAACGAAAUCAGCUCCCGCGCGCACGAGGUCAUUAUGAGGGUCUUGGGCAAGGCAGUGAAAGGGAAGAUUGAAGCGGGCGCGGGAGCUGGUGUGGAUAGACCGUUGCUCCCUGGUGAAUGGUUGAUUGAGAAGGAAGCCGAAGCCGAGGCUAUUUUUGUGGCUUCGUGCAGAAGAGAAGGUUCCGUGCACCAGGCGUAUCUUCCAAUUGUCGCGGCAUCAACUCGUGCAUCGACCUUACACUACUGCUGCAACGAUCGAGAAUUUGCAUGGGGGCCUGUAAAACCGCAUGAUCAUCACAACAAAAACGAACUUGCGCAUGGGAAGACAAAAGAGCUCAACCCACAGGUCCUCCUUAUUGACGCAGGAUGUGAAUGGAAUUGCUACGCUUCUGAUAUUACUCGCACCAUGCCGGUUGGCAACGGUGGAAAGUUUACCGCAGAGGCGCGAGCUAUAUACGAACUUGUUCUUGAGAUGCAACAGGAAUCUUUUAACAUAAUCAAAGCAGGCUUGCACUGGGAUGCCGUGCAGCUCAUUUGCCAUCGCACAUUAGUUAAGGGAUUCCAGAAACUUGGGAUUUUCAAGACACCCGAAUCCCCUGGAUCUGGAUCGUGGAACUCUGAAGAAGCAAUCCUCGCUGAUGGAGUCUCUUCUGCUUUCUUCCCGCAUGGUGUUGGACACUCUCUUGGCAUGGACGUCCAUGACGUUCCCAGCGCCAGUAAACCAGCCGUAAAUCCUACCAUUGGUGGUGUAACUCUUGGACAUGAAAGUUUUUAUACCUAUUUGCGACUUCGACUGCCCUUGGAGACUGGAAUGGUUGUGACUGUAGAGCCAGGCAUUUAUUUCUCUCCUCAUCUUUUGGCAGCUGUUCGCGAAUCAAAACACAUAAAUCACGAUGUUCUGAAACGCGUAUCUACUUGUUAUCAGAUCUGA